AUGUUUUUAAGGAACUUCUCUUAUACUCUUAUAACUUACCGAUACAUGUAUAUUUUUUCAUUAAUUAAUAUAUUAAAAACAACAUCAGUAAUAAUAAAAACACGACACAAACUAAAUCAUAUAAACAACUCAAGGGGUAUCAAGAGCCUAAACAUUAACAGCAAUAAUCUUUUUUUUUUUCUUCGUUCGAAAAUUAGAAAAACACAGAAUUAUAUAUUGAAUAAUAAUAUAAAUAAGAAAAACUAUAAUGCCCUUUUUUAUAAAUUAAAUAAUAAAGAAAAAAAAAUGAAUAACAAAUUUUCAAAGUCUUUAAAUAUGAAUAAUUCUACGAAUAAAAAUGAUCACCUAAUGAAUGACAAUAUAGCAUCGUUUAAUAAAAAUACUGAUAUAAAGAAUCCUAGGAGUUUUAAUCAAAAUAGAAAUAUAACGUAUAGUAAGCAAUUUAGUCAAAAUAAUAAUUAUAGUAGCACACACAAUAAUAAUAGUGUUAGUAAAGGAAAAGCAUCAGGAAGUUAUAUAAAUAGUGGUAAUGUUAAUGUUUCAAGCAAUCAAUAUGUAAACAGUAAUAAUAAUAUUAAUAGUAAUAAUAUUAAUAGUAGUAGUAAUAAUAAUAAUAAUAAUAAUAGUAGUAAUAAUAAUAGUAAUAACAAAUUCUCAAAUAAUUUUGCUGGAACCUAUUCUACAUUUAUACAGAAUCGAGAAAUGAACAAAAAUAAUGAAGGACCCAAUUCCUCAUUUAAUGAAACGAAAUUAAACAACUCUUCAAAUUUUCAUAUAAAUAAUAAAGAAAAAAAAAAUUACAACAAUAUAUUAUCGAAUAAUAAUAAUAAUAAUAUUAAUAAUAAAAAUAAUGAUGGUGACAAUAUUAAUAUGCUACAUAUAAAUGAGAACUCCGGAAUGUAUGGUACCAAAAGUAAUUAUAAUAAUAAAGAUUAUUUAUUAAUUUCUAAUAAUAUGAAAGAUAAGAAUAUGUACUUAAAUAAUAACACAUUAACCAAUACUAAUAAUUUAGAUAACUCAUUAAAAAUUAAUAAUUAUAAUAAUAAACAUAAUGACAAAAAUAUUAAUACAAGGUCAUCAAAAAUUUUAGAAGAUCCUAAUUCUUAUAAUAAUGCUUUAAAAAAUAAUGAUUCCAGGUAUAAUUAUUAUAAUGAAAAUUUUACAAAUAAUAUAAAAAAUGUAAAUAAUGCGAAUACUGGAGUAAAUAGUUUAAAAAAUAUGAAAAAUCCUUUUAAUAUGAAUAAAAAGUAUAUGUCUCAUUAUAAUAAUAAUGAUAAUAAUAACAACAACAACAACAACAACAACAACAACAACAACAACAACAAUAAUAAUAAUAAUAAUAAUAGUCAUAAUAAUAAUUAUAAUAACCAACCACAUAGUAAUAAUUAUUAUUAUAAUAAUAAAUCGAAUGAUAAUUUAAAUAACAAUAAAACGUCUUCAUCUUCCUAUGCACCAAAUUUUAAAAGAGAAACAUCAGACGAUAUUUCAAACAACAACAUUAAUUAUAACAACACUAAUUAUAACAACACUAAUUAUAACAACACUAAUUAUAACAACAAUAAUUAUAACAAAAUCAAGGACAGUAAUAAUAACAGUAAUAAUAAUAUGAUUAUUAUGACGAAUGAAAUGAAUUCUAUCGAUUUACAUAAAAAUAUAAAUAUCUUAACAAUGGAAUCAUCAAAUUGUAAUAAAAUAGAUAUGAAUAAUAAUAUACUAAGUACCAAUGAGACAAUACACAAUGUAGGCAACAAACAUGGAAAUAACGAUAUAAACAAAACGAAUCAUCAUAAUAACACAACCACCACGAGUAGUAGUAGUAGUAAUAAUAAUAUGCUAAAGUUAAAUAAUAUUAUGAAAAAUAAAGACAUCAAUAAAAAUGAUAACAUCGAAAGUAAUCAUCAAUAUAAUGCACAUGAUAUCUUAUACGAUAAUUCGAGAGGAGCAAUGGUUGAUACCAUGACACCUGGUUAUAACAGAAGUUCAAGAAGUAAUAAAUUAUCCAUGCAAAAUUAUAACCAUAUAAAUCAUAAUAUGGAUUCUUCAAAAAAUAUGAUCAGUCCGAAUGAUAGAAGCUCAAUCAACAAAGGUGAUAUCACCAUGAAUAAUAAUGAAAAUAAUAAUAAUAAUAAUAAUAUGGGUAUUAGUAGAAGCUCUAGUAAUAUGUUCACCAAACACAACAGCUUUCAUAACAACAAUAAUAAUGAUCUUAAUCAAAUUAACAAUUUCGGUAUCAAGAAGAAUGAAUACUAUGGAAACUUUUCUACUUCAGCUAACGCAAAAAAUGUAAACAACCUUAUAAAUAAAAUAGAAGAUAACAAAAAUAAUAAUAAUAUAAACAACAACGGUGGCCACCUCGAUUUAGAUAGUGAUGCAUUUUGUUAUUACGAUUUUAAUGAAUUCCUAAAUUAUAUGUAUAAAGACGAAAAUAUAUUAACCCUUUUCUAUAUAAGAAAAAAUUAUCUAAAAGCAGAAUCGAAAGAAGAAUUUAUAAAUGAAAACGACAAAAUUAAAUAUUCCAUUAUCUGGUCUUUUACAAAUGACGAAAAAAUUGUAGUAUAUGGUACUCAUAAUACCAAAAAAUUAAGUAAAAAGGUUUGUGUGAAAAAAAUUCUAUUGAAAUUAAAAAAUAUAUCCUUAUUAGAACUAGAUCAAAUGACAAAAUGGAUGAUAAAUAGUUUGAAUGUUAUCUUGAAAGUAGAAAAUAAAAAUUUAGAAAAUAAAUUUAAUAAUAAUGUAUAUUCUUGUAAUAUCGAAUGGAAAAUAAAUAAUAAAUUAUAUCAAGCAUCUGCUCAACACGAACAUGAAAAAAUUGCAGAACUAGUAGCUACACAAAGGUUGUAUAUGAUAUUGUAUGAUGUUAAAGAGCAAUUAAUUCGAGAAAAUGACUUUUCAAAAAUGAGUGAUGAUAAUAAGAGAUUUAUUAAUUCAUAUGAUAACACAACAAUCAUAAACAACAACACUAGUAAUAAUAAUAAUAAUAAUAAUAUAAAUAAUACAGGUAGCAAUAAUAAUACUUUAUAUAACAAAUAUAUGAGUAGUAACAGUAAAAACUUUGAUGAUGGUAAUAUGCUCAAUCAAAAUAAAUUCAACAAAAACCAAGGAGCAAAUAAAAAUUUUAAUGAACUUAUGUACAACAAUAAUAAUCAUACUGCAAGUAGUAAUAAUAAUAAUAAUAAUAAUGUGUUAUCCUAUCAAGAAAAUAAAAAUAUUAAAUACGGAGAUGCAAGUAAUGAUCACAUGUUAAAUAGAAAUAAUAACAUGAAUAUGAAUAAUUACAUGAACAAUGUUUGCUACAAUAAUAAUAAUAAUAUGAAUAAUAUAUUAACAUCUGCAACGGACAUCCACCACAACAACAAUAAUGUGAACAAUAUGAACAAUAUGAACAACAUGAACAAUAUGAACAACAUGAACAACAUGAACAAUAUGAACAAUAUGAACAAUAUGAACAACAUGAACAAUGUAAAUAAAAAUGUAGGACAUAUGGGUGCCACCCAAGGAACUAUUAUGAACAACAAUAUGUUCUUAAAUGCAAAUAAUGCAAAAUAUAUGAAUGAAAAUAUGAAUUUAUUAAAUAAUGCACAGCAUGGAGGUAUACAACAAGUAGGUGCUCAACAAAUUGGUGCCCAACCAAUAGGUAUACAAGAAGUAGGUACCCAACCUGAACAAGUCGCAGAUCCCAACGAUUUAAUUGAAUAUUGCUUAACCAAACAAGAUGCUAGUAGCAUACAAAUGUUAAGAAACAAUAUAGCAUCAAGAUAUAAAAUACAACAAUCAGAAGUUUUUGAACAAGUUUUUAAUUUAUAUAAAUGUACCUUAGAUUGGGAAUGGAAAAAUGGGAAGAAUACAUGCAAGGCCAAAAGUGUUGGUUAUGGAAGUACAAAAAGUUUAGCAAAAUGUGAAGCAGCAUAUGAUAUGUUGGUUAAAAAUAAUUUAAUAGAAUAUAUAUCGUCUACGGAUAGGAAAAAUGCACAAUUUAUUAGAGAUUUAAUAUCAAAGGAUUUAAAUAAGGCUUUAAAUAUGGCCAUACAAUUUAUUAUGCAAUAUAGUAGUAAUGCGUGGUCCAUAUUUGUGGUCUAUUUAUUAAGGGAAUUAUUAAUUGAUGGAAAUUAUGAUCCUAUAAAUAGAUUAUUAAAUACGAUAGUAGAAGUAAGUAGAGAGGGUCGUAUGGAGGUCGAAAAAAUGGAAAAGGAUAUGAACCAAAAUGUUAACAAUGUCAACCAUAUAAAUAAUAUGAACAAUUUAAACAAUAUGAACAAUUUAAAUAAUAUGAACAAUUUAAAUAAUGUGAAUGACGAAUCUAUUAACACUGCAUCAGCAACCAUGUUUCAUAACAACAAAGUUGACGAAAACAACGAUAACAAUAAUAAUAAUAGCUCCCAAUUCUUUAAUCCCUAUAUACAAAAUAAAAAUCUUACCGAUAAUAAUUAUGUACAUAAAUUAGUUUCAAUAGAACUAUGGGAAAAACUAAUAGACGAAUGUGUUGUUAUAUUAAAUGACAAAUUGUGUUUUAAUUGUAUAUCCUUAUUACAACAAGUCGAAUUAGAUUAUUCAAUUUUUAUUUCCAAGUGUGCUCAUGAUUAUUACAAAAAAUAUCGAAUUAUGCUUGCCUUAGAAUUACAAGCAAACCUAGCACAAAGCAUACAAGAAAAAAAGAAUUUCGAAUAUUUACAUGAAAAUAAAUCAUUAUUAUUAAAACUUAAAAGUAUUACUAUGCCUGUUUUAUCUUGUACAUGUACCCUAACUAAUGAAGAAAAGGAAUGGAUGAAAUCAACACAAAUGAGAGAAGAUGAUAUUGUUUUAUUGAAACCAUGUGAUACCUUAUUAAAAGAUGAAGAUGCAUGGUCUAAUAGUUUAAUAGGUAGUAUUACUAGUACAAAAAGUGAUAAUACUGUUUAUAAUAUUAAUAUAAGAAUAUUUUCAGCGGAGAAUACCAAAAAAGCUAAUGUAAAAUAUAAUAAAUAUAGAUUAUAUUUAUUAUUAAAUAUUGUAACACAUGAAAGAAUGCUACAGGCCUUAAGGUCUAUUACAUUCAUAAGUUCAAUUCCUACACAAUACCAAUCACCAUAUGUAUUUACUCCAGAAAUUCGAUUCUUACUAUUACAUUCUUAUAAUAAAUAUAGUAAAUAUAUAGCACAAAAUGGUAAAUUAAAUGAAGAAAUAGCAAAUUAUGAGAAAAUCAAAAUGGAUUUUCAAAAUAAUGAAUCAUUAAAAAAUAAUACUAUGUCGGAUGAUAUAUUAAAUGAUUAUAGUAAAGAAGCUAAAAAUCCAUAUGAAGAUUUAUUAAAUGAAAGUAUAAAUAAACAAAUAGGAAAUUCACAAGUUGAAGAUAUUGAUAAAUAUCUAAUAGAAAGUAUAAACUUACCAACGAAUUUACCUUUGAACGAUUCACAAAAAUUAGCAUGUCUAAGCGCCUUAACAAGAAGAUUAACAUUAGUUCAAGGUCCACCAGGAACAGGUAAAACACAUGUGGCCUGUGCUAUUAUAGAUAGCUGGCAUAAACAAAAUAGUAAUAAAAAAAUAUUAGCAGUAGCUGAUUCAAAUGUUGCGGCAAAUAAUUUAGUAGAAGGUUUAAAAAAAAGAAAUAUACAAGCGGUUCGUGUUGGUGCAGGUAGUGAUAGUGAUUUUCAUGAGGAAGCUAUAAUGGAGUUUCAUCGUUAUAAAGAUUUAUUGAAAUUAAGAAAAAAUAAUAUGCAGAAAGAAGCAAAAGUAAUGAAAGCUUUGUUAUUCUUAGAAGCUGUUAAAAAAUAUAAUGUUGUUAUAGCUACUUGUGUUGGUUCAGGUCAUGAAAUAUUUGAUAAUGAAAAAUUUGAAAGAGUUAUUAUUGAUGAAUGUGCUCAAUCUAUUGAACCAUCAAAUCUAAUACCUCUAGGACAUUAUUGUAAUAAUUUAGUACUAAUAGGAGAUCAUAAACAAUUACCACCAACUAUUAUUUCACCGGAUGCUAUAAAAUUAGGUUUAGAUAAAUCUUUAUUAGAAAGAUUUGUUAUGGCAAAAAUUGCACCUGUACAUUUAUUAAAUACACAAAGACGUAUGCACUUAAGUAUAUGUGUUUUCCCGAAUUUCCAUUUCUAUGAUAAUAAAUUAAAAACAGCAAAUGUCACAGAAGAAAAUAGACCCAUCAUUAAAGGUUUCUUAUGGCCAAAUCCAAAAUGUAGAUUAGCAUUCAUAGAUGUGUCUAUAGGAAAACCUGGUAGCAAAUUUGAAAAUGCUUAUGGUACAUCUAAAUUUAAUUUAUAUGAAAUAGAACCUUUAAUAACUGUAUUAAAAUCUAUAAUCAAUGAAGGUUGUGUAUCUGUUGAUGAAAUUGGAAUAUUAACAGCAUAUGAUGCACAAAAAAUGAAAUUAAAAAAAGCUGUUCAAGAUGCAUUCUCAUAUGAAGCUUCUCAUAGAAUUGAAAUUGAUUCAAUCGAUGGAUUUCAAGGAAAAGAAAAAGAUCUUAUUUUAUUUUCAGCUGUACGAUCCAAUGCUAAUAAUGAAUUAGGUUUCUUAAGAGAUGCUAGAAGAUUAAACGUUAUGUUAACAAGAGCAAAAAGAGGUGUUAUACUUUUUGGAGAUCAAUUUACACUAGCUAAUGAUCCAGCCAAUUGGUUACCUUGGUUAAAAUGGAUCUCAUCAAAAAGAGCAAUUGUACAUGUAACCAAAUUAAAUGAUCACCUAGAAAAUACAGACUAUUCUUUAUUAGAUAAAUUAAAUAAAAUUAACAAAGCUGUCAACUUAAAAAAUAUUAAUGUCUCCGAUAAUUAUUAUUUCUAUGGAAACGACACAGGCUUCUCAAAUGACUACGACCAAAAUUAUUUUACAAACAAUGAUAAUAUUAAUAUGGAUGAUGUUGACAAUAAAGAUGGUGCUGCGGACCAGCAGGUGGAAGAGAUUGUAGAAAACUGGGAGGACUUAUUAUAA